AUGAUGGAUCCAAUAUUGAAUCAACAACCACAAACGAUGGUUGAACUAUUUAUUUCUUGUAGUAAUUUAAAAAACAAAGAUCUCAUGAGCAAAUCUGAUCCAAUUGUUUCUGCAAAAAUUGGAGAACGGCAAAAAACAGGUGAAGUUUUUUGGAGCGAUUUGGGAAGGACUGAAGUUCAAAAGAAUAAUCUCAAUCCCAAGUUUAUCAAGACAUUCAUGGUAGCAUACAAAUUUGAAGAAAUUCAACCAUUGAAAUUUUUGGUGUAUGAUGUCGAUAACGAAAGUUCCACUUUGGCUGAUGACGAUUUUCUUGGCAUGUGUGAAGUCAAGUUGUCAGAUAUUGUUUGUCGACCUGAAGGCCUUCAGAUACCACUCAAAGAUAAGCAUGGACAGCAGAUGGGACAUGGUACAAUCACUAUUAGAAGUGAAGAGAAAAGAAAUGCAAGAGACUACAUUGUAAAUAUUGGUCUCGCUGGAAGAGAUCUUGCAAAGAUGGAUCUUUUCUCCAAGAGUGAUCCGUUUUUUAUCAUCUCUAAAUCUGCUGGAAAUCAAUUUGUAGAUAUCUACAAGUCAGAAAUUAUUAUGAACAAUUUAAAUCCAAAUUGGAAGAAUUUUGAAAUCACCAUGCAAAAGCUUUGUAAUGGGGAUGAGAAUAAUCCUAUCAAAAUUUCAGUAUUUGACUGGGACAAAAACAGUGAUCCUGACUUGAUUGGUCAUGUGACUACAAGCUUGUCACAAUUAAAACAAAUGAGCCAAAAUGGAUCUAGCUUAACCAUUGUGGAUGAUCAAAACAAGAAGAAGAUAAAAAAUAAUGGAAAGAUUAUUGUGAGCAUGUUAACAAUGACUUUACAAGAGGAAGAAUAUUCCUUUUUAGACUAUUUAUAUGGAGGCUUAGAAGUGUCUCUUCUUGUUAGCAUUGAUUUUACAGGUAGCAAUGGAAAUCCUUCAGAUCCAUCAUCCUUGCACCACAUUGGAAAAAUGAAUGAGUAUGAAAUGGCAAUUCGAUCUGUAGGAGAUGUCUUAAGCAAUUACGAUUCAGACAAACUUUUCCCAGCUUAUGGAUUUGGUGCCAAGCUUCCAAAUGGACAAGUUAGUCACUGUUUUGCAUUGAAUGGACAUCCAGAAAAUCCAUUCUCUCAAGGUGUUGAUGGAAUUUUGAGAGAUUACAGACUUGCCUUGAACACAGUUCAAUUAUAUGGCCCCACUAAUUUUGCUCCAACCAUUCAAACAGCAGUUGCCUAUGCUGCUCAGGGCGCCAUGGAACAAAGUCAACAAAAUCAAAAAUACUUCAUUUUGUUGAUUAUCACAGAUGGUGAAAUUACUGACAUGCCUGAAACCAUUAAGGAAAUUGUUAAUGCAUCUCGUUAUCCUCUGUCAAUCAUUAUCGUUGGAGUGGGAUCAGCUGAUUUUGCGUCUAUGGAGGCUCUAGAUAGUGACAACAGAAGAUUGCAAAGUGGCAACAAUGUGGCAGUCAGAGAUAUUGUCCAAUUUGUUCCAUUCAGACAAUUUGGUUCUCAAAACUACACCUUGCUCGCGAAAGAAACUCUCAAGGAAGUACCACAACAAGUUUGCGAGUAUUUCAAAUCCAAGAAGAUUAAGCCAAAAAACAAGGUUUGA